AAUAUUUUUAUUACAAAAAAUUUAUUAUAGCUUUAAAAUUAAAAACAGUUAAAAAACAAUAAAUAAAAAUCUCUAUAUAAAUAAUUCUCGGGUAUUUUUAUAGUCUUAUGUUGGAUCCAUGAUAUUUUGAUUUCUUUUGACAGUUUGUUUAAAUUGACAAUUUACUCCAAACAAAAAGAAAUAUAAAAAAUAUAAUUGAUUGUAAUAAAUUGUAUAAGAUUAUAUAAACAAUUAAAAUGACAACUGUUGCAAGUGCUCUUGCCUUAGCUGGUUCUCGUCAAUCUGGUGCAUCAGUUCGUGCUCAAAAUGCCAAUGCUGUUUAUGCCAUGUCCAAUAUUGUCAAGAGUUCACUGGGUCCAGUGGGUCUUGAUAAAAUGCUCAUUGAUGAUAUUGGUGAAGUAACAGUGACAAAUGAUGGAGCAACAAUUGUUGCAAGUCUUCAAAUUGAUCAUCCAGCAGCUCGUGUUGUUGCUGAACUUGCACAACUUCAAGAUGUCGAAGUUGGUGAUGGUACAACAUCAGUUGUUAUAAUUGCUGCUGAAUUAUUAAAAAAUGCUGAUGAAUUGGUACAACAACAUAUACAUCCAACAUCAGUUAUAAGUGGUUAUCGUUUAGCUUGUAAAGAAGCAUGUAAAUAUAUACAAGAAAAUUUGACAAUUGCUGUUGAAGAACUUGAUCGUGAUGCAAUUGUAAAUGUUGCUAAAACAUCAAUGUCAAGUAAAAUCAUUGGUGCUGAUUCAAGCUUUUUUGGCAACAUGGUUGUUGAUGCAGCAACUGCUAUUAAAAUAAAUGAUGGUAAAGGUGGACAUUUGUAUCCAAUAAAAGCUGUUAAUGUAUUAAAAGCACAUGGUAAAAGUGUUAGAGAAUCAAAGCUCAUUCAAGGAUAUGCAUUAAAUUGUAUUGUGGCAUCACAAGCUAUGCCCAAAAAAAUAGUAAAUGCUAAAAUAGCAAUAUUAGAUUUUUCACUGCAAAAAACUAAAAUGAAAUUGGGUGUUGAAGUACUUAUUAAUGAUCCAGAAAAAUUAGAAGGUGUACGUCAACGUGAAAUUGAUAUCACCAAAGAAAGAAUUGAGAAAAUAAUAAAUGCCGGUGCAAAUGUUAUUCUAUUAACUGGUGGUAUUGAUGAUCUUUGUCUUAAAUAUUUUGUUGAAUCUGGUGUUAUGGCUGUUAGAAGAUGUAAAAAAGUUGAUUUAAAAAGAAUUGCAAAAGCAACUGGUGCACAAUUUUUAACAUCAUUAACAAAUAUGGAUGGUGAUGAAAGUUUUGAAGCAAGUUAUCUUGGUGAAGCUGCUGAAGUUGUACAAGAAGUUGUUUGUGAUGAUGAAUUACUUCUUAUUAAAGGACCAAAAGCAAGAACAGCAGCAUCAAUAAUAUUACGUGGACCAAAUGAUUAUUAUUGUGAUGAAAUGGAAAGAUCAAUUCACGAUGCACUUUGUGUUGUUAAACGUGUACUUGAAAGUAAAAAUGUUGUUGCUGGUGGUGGCUGUGUUGAAGCAGCACUAUCAAUAUACUUAGAAAACUUUGCAACAACAUUAAGCUCACGAGAACAAUUGGCAAUUGCUGAAUUUGCCAAAUCAUUAUUGGUUAUUCCAAAAACCCUGGCUGUCAAUGCUGCACAAGAUUCAACAGAUCUUGUUGCUAAACUUCGUGCUUAUCAUAAUUCAUCACAAACACAAGUUGAACAUGCAAACUUAAAAUGGAUUGGUCUUGAUCUUGUUGAGGGUACUGUGAGAGAUAAUAAAAAAGCUGGUAUACUUGAACCAGCAAUAUCAAAAAUUAAAUCACUUAAAUUUGCAACUGAAGCUGCCAUCACAAUUCUUCGUAUUGAUGACAUGAUUAAACUUGAUCCAGAACAAAAAGGAGGUAAAUCUUACAAUGAUGCUAUGGCUGCUGGUGAGCUUGAAGAUUAAUUUUAACAUUAAUUUUCAUGACUUCAUUAAAAUUAUAAUAUUAAGAUAAUAGUCUAUAGUUUAAAAUAAAUAAAUAAUAUUUUUAAUAAAUUAAAAUUAAAUAAAUUUGUGUUUCUAAUUAUAUUUAACUCACAUUAAAAAUAACAAACAAUUGUAAAUUUUACAGUAUGAUAAAUACUUCAUCUUGAAAAUAAAAUAAAUGUUUAAAUAUAAUUUUUUUUUUUAAAUAAUCAAGUGCCUAUAAAAACUCACAAUAAUUAAAAUAAAUUUGAUACGCAAUAAAUAUUAAUUUAACCGAAUAAUUAGCUGUUUCAUCUUAUCAUCUUUUACACCAACCAGCCCCCCUAUAAAAUAUAUAUAUUAAAAAAAGCAAUUAUCAUAACAUUAAUUAAUAAUUUACUUAUAGAAAAAAUAAAAAAGAAAACAACAACAA